AUGUCGAAACCCAAGUUCGCCAUCCUAGACGAUUACCAGGGCAUCGCGCCCCCGUACUUUGCGCACCUCGAGUCGCGCAUCGACAUCACCAGCUUUCCCGAGACCCUCGACCCCCGCGAUCCCACCCAACACGAUGCCCUCGUCCAACGCCUCCAACCCUUCGACGUGAUACUCGCUAUGCGCGAGCGAACUCCCUUUGCCGCGAAAACAAUUAAAGCCCUUCCAAACCUGAAAAUCCUCCUCACAACCGGCACACGGAAUCUCUCCCUCGAUUUGCAGGCCUUUGCCGACAAGGGUAUCCCUGUCGCGGGUACUGAGGGGCGCCCGCCCGGCGUGAACAGUACGGUACAACAUACCUGGGCAUUGAUUCUGGCCUCGGCGAGAAAUGUCGCUCGGGAUGACGCGGCAAUUAAACGGGGCGCGUGGCAAGGAUCAUUGGGAUUCACUCUCUCCGGCAAGAAGCUCGGCUUGUUAGGUCUGGGCAAGCUAGGGUCGCAGGUGGGGAAGAUCGGCAUCCAAUCCUUCGGCGUCGAGGUGAUUGCCUGGUCGGCCAACCUAACCCAGGAGAAAGCGGAUGAGCAGGCGCUGGCACAGGGCCUCCCCGUUGGCAGUUUCAAGGUUGCGUCCUCUAAAACCGAGUUCUUCGCGCAGGCCGAUAUCGUCAGUGUCCACAAUGUGCUUUCCGAGCGGAGUCGCGGCAUCGUGAAUGCGCCCGAAUUGGCGACCAUGAAGUCUACUGCUAUUAUCAUCAAUACAUCGCGUGGCCCAUUGAUCGAUGAGAAAGCGCUCCUGGCUGCUUUGAACGCUGGUCAGAUUCGGGGUGCUGCGUUGGAUGUCUUUGAUCCGGAGCCAUUGCCAUUGGAUAGUCCAUGGCGCACUACUCCCUGGGGUCAGGAUGGGCGUAGUGAUGUUCUUCUUACCCCGCACAUGGGAUACGGAGAGGAAGAUCUGCUGCGGGGAUGGUACAAGGAGGUGGCAGAGAACCUGGAGCGAUGGUUAAAUGGCGAAGCAUUACUACGCAAAAUGAAUUGA